AUGGAUAUACUAAAACAUCGCUCUGUUCAAACGCAAUCAAUUCAAAAGAUUGCAAAUUCUAUUGCAAAAAAUCCAGGAAAUGCUAAAACGCGCAUUAAUGGUGGAAUUGAACCUUCUUUUCUGGAACAACUGUGGUCAUUUAUAACACCAGAACAUACUGGGGUAGUUUCUUUGCAUGCAGUCAAUAAACUAAUCUCUCUUGUAACUAUAGGUGCUAUACCAUGGGAAGAAACUUUGAAUCAUUUGACAGAUUUGUUAUCAACAUCUUCAGGCGACUCAAAAUUUCAUAACGUUAUAAUUACAGGAAUAACGGAUCUUCUAAUUAAUCAUUUAGAUGGAAAUAUUGAUUCAGUAGAAUAUAAAUCACCGUUCAAUAGUAGGGCAAGAAAUUAUGAAGGGAAAAUAGAUCACCCUUUUAUUAUUGUUGCUAAUUCUGAUAUUAUUAAACUAGAAGAAACAUGGUUAAUAUUGAUUUCACAUUUAGAAAGGAUUUUUGAUUUGUCAAGAGUAAAGUUUUCAGCAUCACAACAUAUCAUGAAAGAAAAGAGAUCAUUACAUUAUUUAAUAAACUGUCUUGAAAUGAUGAAACCUUUCCUAGAUUUUGUUAUAUUAAAUGGCUUACAACAACAUAAUAAAAACUACCGGUCUUUAACUAUUAUACAACUGCUGAUUCGAUUAAUGUAUAAAUAUGGAAUUUAUGAGAUAUUUAUCAAGACUUUGAUGAAUUAUUUACUUUCAAUAACACAAAGUUUAUCAUUUAUUGAUGAUAAUGUGAAUACUUAUAUUAUCAUACAAUCACUUGUGCAAAUAAUAAAUAUCAAUAAUAAAACCAAUUCUAUUCUUAAUGAAUGUUCAUCAAAUUUGCUUAAUCAAAUGUUUAAUAUCACUUGUGAUUUAAUCAACAACGAUGACAAUCUAUCAAUAACAACAACAAACAAUUAUAUUCCUCUAAUUUAUCAACUAUUAAUAUUAGAUGAUGGAAAAAUCCUCAUUGCAGAUUUAGAAAAAGGAGAAAUCAGAAAUUUAGCAAUGGUAAUUCUUUUCAGAUUACAAAAAUUUCAAAAUUUAAAAAUUAAUCAAAAUUUUUUAUCUAAAGAGUUAUCAUCAGAAAUAUAUAAUUUAUCAUCAUCAACUUUUCAAAAUAAAAAAAUUCAAAAGUCUAAUAACACACAGAUUAAUUUAUUGUUUCACAUUCCAUAUUUAUUUCAUGAAAACGACACAAGUAAAAUUGAAGCUUUGGAUUAUCUUACAUCAGUAAUAACUGAAGAUAUGCAAAUGGCAAAAUCAUUAAAAUUGCCAAUAUUUUUGUUAUUAUUAUACAUUCUAAGGAAUGAUAUUUCAUCAUCUAUUCAUCUUCAUAUCUUGUAUGAUUCUUUACCAUCAUUAAUCACAAGAAACGAUCCAAUUAUCACAACUAAAAUUUUUAAAGUUAUCACUAAUAUUAUGCAAGAGGAAGAGUUAAAUUUAAAUAAUAAUGAUGGUAUUUAUUAUUAUAAAUUAUCAACAAUUGGUAUAAGGGUUUUAUUUAAAUGCUGGAAAAGACAAAAAAGAUGUUGGGAAGCUUUAAUAUCUGUGAUAAGUAAUUGGGUAGAAGAUAGACUACUUAAGACUUCAAUUGAUAUUAAAAGGGAAGAUUUUGAACUGGAAAUAUCAAUACUGAGUACUAUCAGAGAUAUUUGUAAGAUAGAUGCAGUAAAUUAUUCUGAAGAAUUAAUUCCUUUAAUAUCAAGUUUACUUCAAUCAACAAUAUUACAUCCAAUUAGUUUAUGUUUAGUAAUUGACACUUUAAAUACAUGUAUUGAGGCCAAUGCUGCAGAUAUUUAUGAAGUUUGGAAUAAAUUCAUUAUUUAUAUUGCAGAAAUUGUGAAAAUAAAUAAAAUUUCAAAUUUACAAGUAAUUAGUAUGUUAUGUAAUUUUUAUCAAUUGGUAGCGAAACAUGAUGAUGAUUGUGAAGAAUAUGAAGAACUUAAGAAUGAGGUUUUAUCAAAACACAUGUAUCCAUUAAUUUCUACUGGAGAGGCCCCAAAUAGCUUAAAAGAUAAAGAAAAUGACAAUGUUGAUGAUGAACAAGAGAAAAAAAAACCUUUUGAGUUUCAAAAAAAUCAAGAGAUUUUAAAAUGCGCAUUAAAAGCAUUAUCAUUUUUUUCUGCAACUUGUAUCCUUUCAACAAUUUUUUCCAAGCAACCAAAGAUUAUUGUUAAUCAAAUAAGUCAUUCUAAAUAUUUAAGUCAGAUUGAUGAAUGGAAAUUUGUGCUGAGUAAUUUGAUUUCUUAUGAAAUUGAAAAUAUGAGUCGUACAUUAUUCAAAGUUAAAGGUAGUUUGUUUUCAAUCAGUUCAAAAAUUAUUGAAUCAUGGGAAAGUGGAAAGGUUGUGCCAGGAUUAAGAGUUGGCUAUUCAUUAGCAACAUUAAAUUUUUUCGAAUAA